AUGUCUGAUACAGCUAUUCACGAAUUCAAGGCACAAAUCCCCCAAGAGGAGGUUGACCGACUGUACCGGAAAUUAAAGGAUACACGGCUUCCAUCCCGUGAGAUUGUGCCUGGCGCGGGGGACAAAUACGGUCCUUCAUACGAAUGGGCAAAGAAUCUCUACGAUAAGUGGACCAAUGAUUUUAACUGGUCAAAGAUCCAAGAUGAGAUCAAUGAAUACCCUCACUACCUGACCACGAUCGAGAAUGUCAAGAUCCACUUUCUCCACGCCCGCGCUGAUAGGCCUGAUGCCAUACCCAUUCUUCUCAUUCACGGAUGGCCUGGGUCUUUCUACGAAUUCAGCCGAGUAUGGGGACCUCUGUCACACCCAGAAGAUCCCAAUAACCAGGCAUUCAACGUCGUUGUUCCUAGCCUGCCGGGAUUCUGCUGGUCUGACUGGCCUCCCCGUGCGGGUUGGACUCUGCAGGACACUGCCGGUUUGUUCGAUCAAUUGAUGAAAAGACUCGGGUAUAACCAAUAUAUGGUUCAAUGUGGUGACUGGGGAAGUUUCGUGGGCCGUGAGCUAGGCUCGCAUUACACUGAUUCAUGCAAAUUGGUUCACUUCAAUUUCUGCCCCAGCGCUCUCCCUGAGGGCCACGUGCGAACGACCCGUGAACAGGGUGUUGCUUCUCGGGUAGACGACUGGCUGGAAAACCAUCUGGGAUAUGCUAUCUGCAUGCGAACAAGGCCACAAACAAUAGGUAUCGCGUUGAACGACAACCCAAUGGGUAUUUUGAUGUGGGUAGGUGAGAAGUAUAACGAGGCCGCCGAUCCUGAGAAGCAGAAACAGCCCUCUUGGAGCGAUAUCAUCCUCACCACCGCUACGUUGUAUUAUUUCACCGACUGCAUCAUGCCUUCCGCGCUUUGCUACUAUGAGAACCUCCGCCAUGAAAACUUUGCCAAAUUCACCAUGAGCCCCGAAAAUCAUAUGAAAGUUCCCUUCGGAUACAGUUCAUUCUUCUGGGACACCGAACCGUCCUCGAAGGUUGCGGUGGAGAGGACCGGAAAAUUGGUUUUCUAUAGAGAACAUGACGAUGGCGGUCAUUUCGCUGCUCUUGAGAAUCCCGUGGAUAUUGCCCGGGAUCUGCGCGACCUGGCUAAGCUGGAAUGGAAGUUUGAGAUGUAA